CCCGCCCGCCCUUCCGGGUCGCCCAGGAUGGCGGAGCGCUGCUGCUUGGUUUCCGCAGCAACGCCGCCUGCCAGCCCCGUGCCCCGGCCGGGGGCAGGGCUGAGGGAGGGCCGGCGGCGGAGCGGCGUCCUGCCCGGCCCCGGCCCCGGCCCCGGCCCCAGCCCCAGCCCUAGCCCUUGGGAGUCAGACGAGCCCACGGAGAUCGCGGCCGUGCUGGAGAAGUGCGUGGCGGAGGGCUUCGUGAGCCAGGAGACAUUGGAUUUAGCCUGUGAAGAAUUCGAGUGCUUUGUGAGGUUUUCAGAGAGGGAAAAAAUGGCAAACAUUCGAGCAGAAAUCAAUGAGAAGAAGCUGGAAACUGAACUUCUGCAAUUGGAGAUGGAGACAGCAGACAUAGUUCAUCCUUUUUAUUUAAGUAAAAAAUGCCAGAUAUUGCAAGAUGUGAACAGACACUUGGAAGCAGUACUGAAAGAGAAGAGGAGACUUAGGCAGAGGCUGAUGAAGCCCAUAUGUCAAGAGACGUUGCCUGUUAAGGCUGAUUUCCACAAGUAUGUAGUGGAGUUGUUGACUGAGGCUGUGGCUUUCAUUGAGAAGUUGGAAAACCAUUUGCAGACUGUAAAAACAAUCCCUCAGGUACCAACUUUCAUGAAGAAUCUGGACAUUGCUUUGACAAAAACAGAGGUCCUGGUGACAGACUUGGAAGAGCUGACGGAACAAAUAUUGCAAUGGAAGGAAGUGCAAAAAGAAGUAUAUUCUGACAGCAUUUGCAAUACUGCUGAAUUGGACUUGGGCUUAUCUACCUAACAAAUGAUAUUUUCCUCUCAUGAGAUACCUGCUUGAAGAACUGCCAUGCAAGUCUCCUGUGGAAACUGCAACAUAGUUGUGCCUUAAGCUAAUGGGGAUUUUGUAGAUAGUUAUAUUUAUGUUCUGACAUUGUAGUUCAAUGUUUUCCAACUAGUUAAAAACAAAAACAAACAAUAAAAGGCUGAGCGGUAGCUUGUAAGUAGACAGACUACUGAGAGGACUGCUAGGGAGUUCCUCUUUGAAAUAGUUGAGAGUCUCUUGGAGCCUUUAUCUUCAAUGCAGAUUUGUUUGUAUAUUUCUCACAUGUUGACUAUGGAACUUCUGUUCAUUUUUAGAGGUAUGUUGAUAAUACACUGUAUUUUGUAUGUCAUUGUAAAAAAGUUCAAUAAAAGUACUAGAUUUCAAGAACUAA